AUGAAAGGUAAUAUGUUCCUCGGUUACGCUCGUGGUGCUGUCGGCGAUGUCGUGUUUUCCCGAGUUAAUGGACAGCAGACUGGUCGCGCUCGAAAUCGUAGACCUAAUAACCCACGUUCGCAAGGUCAGAUGCGCCAGCGCAGUUUGUUCAGCAAUGUGGUUAAGUUUCACACUAAAGGAGUUCAGAGAUUGUUUAAGUUUGCUUUCGAAGACAAAGCUGCUAACGAGUCUGAUUACAAUGCCUUUAUGAAGCAUAAUUUGAAUUCGUCUGUUCGCAUUUCGAAGCAAGCAAGUCAGUCUAUUCUUUAUCCAGCAUUGGGAAAUUGGCAGAUGGCUUGCGGUUCGCUCGAACCAGUUGCGCUUUCUCUGACUAGUACAACUAAUGUUUGGCGACUUUCUACUCCUGGUUCCGGUUCGAGUAUAACUACUUGGGGCGCAUUUUGGACCGCUAUUAAGCAGUCAAUGGGUCUGAUGGAGGGCGACAUUAUGACUAUUGUUCAUAUAACUGCUGUUGGCGCGACUGCUUCGAAUAUGCCUUCGAUUGACGUUCCUAGCGGACUUCAAGGUGCAGAUUGGAAUAUUGCUCAGUAUGAAGUUGACUCUACUUCUACUGUUGCAUUGCCAGAUUGGUUUAAUCCAGAUAACGAUUAUACAGCUUUGUCUUUUGCGAACACUUCUACUGAUACGUAUGCUCAAGGUGUUGCUGUCAUUUUCUCGCGUAAGACAGCUCAAGGUCUCAAGGUUUCGACAUCGUUCUUGGUUGGAAAUUCUGUGACUAAUACGAUAAUCGAAGCUUGUCAGUCUGAGUCUUACAUCGAGCGCGUUCUUGCCAGCUGGCAGACUACUGAGGAUGCUAUCCUCGAAGUAGCCGAGGGCGAAGAUAUUGCUCAGACUGGCAUUCUUGUUGUGAAUUCGGGUGAUUAUGCAGUUGACUCGGUUCGUUUGGUUGUUGACGGAGCUGUGUGGAUUCCUACUGAGCGGUCAGAUGUUUCAGUAAGUUAUAUCAUUCAAUCAAUCGAUUAUCCUUAUUACGUUGUUUUCCUUCGUAAGGAUGACACAGCAGAUUUGACUGAUUUCGUUGUUGAAGGUGGUGAAAUCGUUUCUUUGAAGCAAUUUGCUCAAAAUGUAGUCGUAAGGAUACAUCCUUUAACUAUCGAAUCACAAGUUUGGUUGAAAUUGGGCGAACUUAUACUUUUCGUUGCGCCAGUCUGA